UCAUUGACCGGGCCUAAAAGACGAUCCUCACCUCUGCCUAUGCCUUUGGCGAGAUGUACGUCAGCAUGGCUAAGGCUGAUAAGGAGAUCCAGAGGCUGAAGAGGCAGGAUGAGCUAGCCAAGAGCAAAAUGGCGGAGGCGCAGGAGGCCAUCCGAGAGAAGAACGCCUUGCUGGUUCAAAAGGCGGCCCUGGCCAAGGAGGUGGAGGAGCUGAAGAGAUCGAAGGCCGAGGAGGUGGCUGCUGCCCGAGUCGAGGCGAUUGAGUCCUUCCGAUCCUCAGAGGAGCUGAAGAGCUAUAUCAUGGACCGACUGGUUGAUGAGCAGCUUCGCUGGGAAGAUAGGUUGGUUAGGUUCAACCCCUCGGUGGAGAUUAACUUUGACACCAGUGGCGAGCCUACUGCACAGACCCCUCCUGCUGAUGCUAGCGCCCCGACACCAGAGGCUGAGCCGGCCAGUGAGGAUGCCCCGUCGACCGAGUGUUGA